GGUAAAUCACGCGAUGCCAAUGUACAAGCUGACACCGACGUUCCCACCGAAUUUUGAGGUUCAUCCGAAAAUCGCCUGCUAUCCAGUAGGUUCGUAUCAUAAUCCAUCUUUCGGAGGAGUCGGGCCUUCUGAUGCGGUGCAGGUAGAAUCCGAUCCGCGCAAGGCUUUGGAGCACAAACAGCUCUCACUGAUCGAGCAGCUCAAAGCACAGACCGAAGAGCUCAAGAAGUUGCUGGUAAGCCUUGGAGAGGCUGGAAAAGCAGAGAGAUCUGCUCAAAAACCUGCGGAAAAAGCGCCAAAAGAGCCUGAGAAAUCCGCUGGAGCAGCCUCUUCAGCUCCCGGAGUCCCCGGAGCCCCCGCAAAACUAGACAAGGACGCCAAGAAGGAGGCUCGCAAGGCUGCCAAGGCAGAAGCCGUAAAGAAAUUGGCUUCCGGAGAGGCUCCACCACAGAAAUCCGCGAAAAAGACCGUAAAUUCGACUCCAUGGACCGUCCAGGACGACCGAAAGACGUGGGAGACCAAUCUGACUCUCACCGUGAAUCUCCCAACCUCCCUUGUGGCCUACGAGCCGCAGGAGCAGCUGAAAAACGCCACGCUGACAGUGCGGGACGUGGAUUUGCCGUGGGCUCGGGCUCUCGCAAAGGUCGGCGCAAGCCGUGGAGUCUCGUUUGAGGGAGAAGUCAAAAAUCAGACGAAAGAGAAGAAAUCCAGUCUGAAAGUUGUGAAAGGCCCUGCUCCCUCCCUGCAAUUGGAAAAAACUACCGUCAAAUCCCUUCAAACUAUCUGGAAGCUGUUGGGCUCUUCACUCGGGCUCUUCUCUAGACGGCCACAACAAGUGCUCAGCGCCAGUCAUCAAGCGAUUUGGCUGGGAAAAGCCGAGCAAAUCCUUGCCGGCUCCUGUGAUCAGAGCUUUGUCACACGUGAAGCUUCUCAGUUCCUGGCUCGUUUCGACUCGUUAAGCUCUCAAUGGGAGGUGUGUGUCGCUGAUAUUGUGUUCAGAAGCCUUCUGAACCUUGGGGAGCACCUUCCGAACAAUGUGGAGUUGUGGGCUAAGAAGAUUGACGCUUUGAUUGUUUAGAUUUGAUUUAUUGAUGUUUUUAUUUGAUUUUCUCGGUUUAAAUGAAUUAUUUUGCAUUUUU